CAGCGGUGUUCUCAUCCCGCUGUUUUACCGUCUGCAGUCUCUGGUCAUCUCCUGUACUAUGUCCGCAGUCUCUGGUCAUCUCCUGUAGUAUGUCUGCAGUCUUUGGUCAUCUCCUGUACUAUGUCUGCAGUCUCUGGUCAUCUCCUGUACUAUGUCUGCAGUCUCUGGUCAUCUCCUGUACUAUGUCCGCAGUCUCUGGUCAUCUCCUGUACUAUGUCCGCAGUCUCUGGUCAUCCCCUGUACUAUGUCCGCAGUCUCUGGUCAUCUCCUGUACUAUGUCCGCAGUCUCUGGUCAUCUCCUGUACUAUGUCCGCAGUCUCUGGUCAUCCCCUGUACUAUGUCUGCAGUCUCUGGUCAUCCCCUGUACUAUGUCUGCAGUCUCUGGUCAUCUCCUGUACUAUGUCCGCAGUCUCUGGUCAUCUCUUAUACUAUGUCUGCAGUCUCUGGUCAUCCCCUGUACUAUGUCUGCAGUCUCUGGUCAUCUCUUGUACUAUGUCUGCAGUCUCUGGUCAUCUCCUGUACUAUGUCCGCAGUCUCUGGUCAUCUCCUGUACUAUGUCUGCAGUCUCUGGUCAUCUCCUGAACUAUGUCUGUAGUCUCUGGUCAUCUCCU